GGAAGAAACGCGUGCCUGCGGUGCACUACAACACUUCAGCGGUCAACCCCAUUGGACAUCCGGGGAACUCAGCCCCAAAGUAGACAAAAAAACCAAGAUGGAGGAAAUCGGAAUUAUACAACCACAGGAGGAUAAGAGUACCAGCAGUAGACCAACCACCGCCGGGACCAUCAGUUCUCUGUGUAGCCCUGUAGACCCGGAGAUGGAUGACCUCUACAUCACAUACAAGAAGCUGGAAAAACAGCUGGAGUUCCUGGAAGUCCAGGAAGAGUACAUCAAAGAUGAACAGAAAAACCUGAAGAAGGAGCUGCUGCAUGCUCAAGAGGAGGUCAAGAGAAUCCAGUCAGUUCCACUAGUGAUUGGGCAGUUCCUGGAAGCUGUUGACCAGAACACUGGUAUUGUUGCUUCCACAACUGGCUCCAACUAUUAUGUCAGAAUCCUCUCAACCAUAGAUAAAGAGCUUCUAAAACCCAGUGCUUCAGUAGCACUACACAAGCACUCAAACGCCCUCGUUGACAUCCUCCCUCCUGAAGCUGAUAGUAGUAUAGCCAUGCUUACAAAUGAAGAGAAGCCCAACGUCUCGUACGCUGAGAUUGGAGGCAUGGAUAUACAAAAGCAAGAGAUCAGAGAAGCAGUAGAGUUACCUCUUACUCACUUUGAGCUCUAUAAACAAAUUGGCAUUGAUCCGCCUAGAGGUGUUCUCCUGUAUGGCCCCCCUGGCUGCGGCAAGACUAUGCUGGCCAAGGCAGUCGCGCACCACACAACAGCAGCAUUCAUACGAGUUGUUGGCUCAGAGUUUGUCCAGAAAUACUUGGGAGAAGGCCCUCGUAUGGUCAGGGAUGUAUUUAGGUUAGCCAAGGAAAAUGCGCCUGCUAUCAUUUUCAUUGAUGAGAUUGAUGCCAUAGCAACCAAGAGAUUUGAUGCGCAGACUGGGGCUGACAGAGAGGUACAGAGGAUCCUUCUGGAAUUACUCAACCAAAUGGAUGGAUUUGAUCAGAAUGUUAAUGUUAAGGUUAUCAUGGCAACAAACAGACAAGAUACACUGGACCCUGCCCUGUUACGACCUGGCCGGUUGGAUCGUAAGAUAGAGUUCCCUCUGCCUGACCGCCGACAGAAGCGACUUAUUUUCUCGACCAUAACAAAUAAGAUGAACCUAUCAGAAGAGGUUGACCUAGAGGAUUAUGUGGCACGACCAGACAAGAUUAGUGGUGCAGACAUUAAUGCUGUCUGCCAAGAGGCUGGUAUGCAGGCAGUGCGGGAAAACAGAUACAUUAUCCUGGCAAAGGACUUUGAGAAAGGAUAUAAAAACAACGUCAAGAAAGACGAACAAGAACAUGAGUUCUACAAAUAAUCUCCUGCCCUACACUCAGUUUCCUCCAUCGAUAUGCCUAAUAUUGUAAACAGUCUUGUUGUGUGAAUAAAUGUGCAGCGUUCUUCUGA